AUGGCUGAUAUCAUCUUCUUUCCCGACAUCACCGUGGUUCCCGCCAUAACUGUUAUCAUUCCUUUUUUUCAUGAUUCUCAUGUCCUUCAUUUUAUAAUCAUUCUAUUUUCUUUCUGUUUCAUCUUUCACUCUCUAUUUUCUUCUACUGUCUUUUUAUACCAAUUGUUCUCUCCAUUUCUUCUUCUCCUAUUUCUUCUUCUUCUUCUUCUUCUUCAUCUUCUUCUUCUUCUUUUUCAUUCUUAUCCAAAUUAUUUCCUAUUCCUUCAUUCCAUAUUUCAUUUCCUUCUAAUCUACAUUUUUCUUUUUUCCUUUUCCUUACAACAAUUUUAUUCUGCUUCUUUUCCGCCAUUUUUUCUCUCUACUUUCUACAUUUCAAUCAUCAUAACUUUCAUUCUCUUCUUUUUCUUGUUGUGGUUUUAUUGCAUCAUUUUUCCUUUUUUUCUCUUCCCCCUCCUUUUUAUAUCUUUUCAUCACUCUGCUUUUCCAAUUUCUAUUAAUCCUUCUACUUCUGUUUUUGCCUCAUUUCCAAGCUUCUCCUUCUUUUUGCAAACUCACUUUCUCUCCUGUACGAAAUCCCUCUCCAGGGAUAAGCCGACAGCUUUACAGUCCGUUAUGUCCGUUCCGCCACCCAUACAAACGCCUCACAGUGUAUCUGGCCACGCCGUAGCGUUUGUAUUCAGAUGUAUUUAUGUGUGUUCACUGUAUGCCCUUCUUAUUUCCUUUUUUUAUCUAUCUAUCUAUCUAUCUAUCUAUCUAUCUAUCUAUCUAUCUAUCUAUCUAUCUAUCUAUCUCAGUCUAUUCAUAUCUAUCUAUCUAUCUAUCUAUCUAUCUAUCUAUCUAUCUACCAAGAUGUUCACCGUGCUUGAGACUAUCUAUCUAUCUAUCUAUCUAUCUAUCUAUCUAUCUAUCUAUCUAUCUAUCUAUCUCAGUCUGUUCACAUCUAUCUAUCUAUCUAUCUAUCUAUCUAUCUAUCUAUCUACUAUAUAUCUAUCUAUCUUAGUCUGUUCACAUCUAUCUAUCUAUCUAUCUAUCUAUCUAUCUAUCUAUCUAUCUAAAUGCUCAUCUUCCCUCCCUCACUCUCUCUCUCUCACUCUUUCUUUCACUAUCUAUCUAUCUAUCUAUCUAUCUAUCUAUCUAUCUAAGUCUGUUCAGUGUCCAUCUUCCUCCCUCCCUCACUCUCUCCUCUCUCUCUCUCUCUCUCUCUCUCUAUCUAUCUAUCUAUCUAUCUAUCUAUUUAAGUCUGUUCAGAUGCUCAUCUUCCCUCCCUCACUCUCUCUCUCACUCUUUCUUUCACUCUAUCUAUCUAUCUAUCUAUCUAUCUAUCUAUCUAUCUAUCUAUCUAUCUAUCUAUCUCAGUCUGUUCACAUCUAUCUAUCUAUCUAUCUAUCUAUCUAUCUAUCUAUCUAUCUAAGUCUGUUCAGUGUCCAUGUUCCCUCCUCCCUCACUCACUCCUUCUCUCUCUAUCUAUCUAUCUAUCUAUUUAAGUCUGUUCAGAUGGUCAUCUUCCCUUACUCACUCUCUCUCUCUCACUCUUUCUUUCCUCUAUCUAUCUAUCUAUCUAUCUAUCUAUCUAUCUAUCUAUCUAUCUAUCUAUCUAUCUAUGUCAAUGUCAAUUGUUUGUGCCAUUUUCCACUAUCUCUCUAUAUAUGGAAUAAUAUCUAUCUAUCUAUCUAUCUAUCUAUCUAUCUAUCUAUCUAUCUAUCUAUCUAUCUAUCUCACCCUGCUGUUAAUAUCUCUCUCCUUCUCCGUCUCUCUGUCUAUAUCUAUCUAUCUAUCUAUCUAUCUAUCUAUCUAUCUAUCUAUCUAAGUCUGUUCCUAUUUAUGAAUCUCUCUCUAUAUUUCUCUCUCGCUUUAUCUAUCUAUCUAUCUAUCUAUCUAUCUCAUUCUGUUCAUAUCUAUAUGUCUCUAUAUCGCUGUGUCGCUCUCUCUUUCUCUCACUCACUUUAUCUAUCUAUCUAUCUAUCUAUCUAUCUAUCUAUCUAUCUAUCUAUCUCAUGUUUCUCUCUCUUCCUCUCUAUGUAUAUAUCCCUGUUCAUAUCUAUCUAUCUAUCUAUCUAUCUAUGUGCAAGUUUAUAUUUAUUUCACGAUCUUAAUAUCUCCCUAUUGCUCUCUCAGUCUCUCACUCUGUCUAUAUCUAUAUUUAUCUAUCUAUCUAUCUAUCUAUCUAUCUAUCUAUCAGUCGGUUUUCCUCUUUUUUUCACGCUCACUCUACAUAUCUAUGUCAGUCCUAUUUCUCUCUUAGUCUUUCUCUCUCUCUAUGUAUCUAUACAUCUUAUUCUGUUAUCUAUCUAUCUAUCUAUCUAUCUAUCUAUCUAUCUAUCUAUCUAUCUAUCUAUCUAUCUCAGUCUGUUCAUAGCUAUCUAUCACUAUCUCAGUCUGUUCAUCUCUCUCUCUCUCUCUCUCUCUCUAUCUAUCUAUCUAUCUGUCUAUUCAUAUCUUUUACUUAGUCUCACUCCCUCACUCACUCACUCACACACUCACUCACUCUAUCUAUCUAUCUAUCUAUCUAUCUAUCUAUCUAUCUAUCUAUCUAUCUAUACCUUGAACCCCCGCUGCAAAACGCAAACGGAGCAAACGCUACAGCCUCAUUUUCUCUUCUCCUCGCCCUGCGCCUCUCAAUUUCCGACUUACUCUUCUUACCUUCAUACUUAUUUAAUCUCUUGUUUCUCUUUCUCUGUUCUUUUCCUUCUUCGCUUCCUCUUCUGCAUUUCUUUUUAUUCCUCUAAGUUUUCCUUUCAUUUUGCAGAAAGCGUACCAUCAUUUCAUAAUCACUAUCUGCACCCCCACCUCUUCUUUCUUCUUGUUCUUUUCCGUUCUUUUUCACUCGCCCCUUUUCACCCACUUCCAUCUCUGCUAAUCCUACCCCUAUCCACGUACCACUUACAACGUUACGUUUCCGCUCCCUUACCUCCCUUUCCUCAAUAUCCAAUCAUAUGCUUCUUCAUCGUAUCUUCUUUGUUCAGCAAACACAGGAUUCAGCGCCAUUUUAACUCGUGA